AUGGUCGUUAGCAAUGAUAGUUCAGGCGAGGAGCGCGAAGCUCUCGAGGCGACGCCUACGCCUACACCAGCAACUCCACUUCCCCAUCCCGCAACCAUGGAAACUAUCCUGGCGCGCCUGGCCCUACAAGAAGCGGCACAGAAGGCGGCAGUUGACCAAAUCACGGCGAUAGCAAAGAUCCUCGCUCCCCUCGCUGCAAACGCCGAAGCGUCAACAGCGCAGUAUCGUCGACACCUGUUCGCCACAGAACGAACCACCGACUUGGCGCCUACGCAGGAUAACGAUAACCAAAGUCACGGUAACGACACCGGUGCGCACACCGCAAGCGAACUAGCCGCGUUAAAACAGUCGGUCCUCGAUAUCAAUUCUAAGAUCCACCAGGUGACGACGUCCGCCCCCCAGAUCGAGCAUGUACUCGCGGAUUCUCUUCGUACACCCUUCACGCGAAAAGUUACCGGCGUACGGCUACAGAAGAUGGACAAACUCCGUCUUCCAACCUUCAAAGGCCUCUCCGACCCUUCCCCCCACGUCACAUCUUUCAACAUAGCGAUGCGACGCGCAAACCUGACCGACGAAGACAAAGACGCCGGCUUUUGCCAACUCUUCGUCGAAACCCUAGAAGGCCCGGCCCUUACUUGGUUCACCGGCCUCAGAGAGAACUCCGUGGACUGUUUCCACGACCUCUCAACGGCCUUCCUUAAGAACUAUAUCAUGUUCACCAACCAGGAAGCAACAGUGUCAGAUUUGUGGAACCUCACUCACGCCAGCGACCAAAGUCUCCGCGACUUCAUGGAAAAAUUCAAAGCUAUUGUCUCGAAGAUCGAUAUCCCCGACCAUAUCGCCGUCGAAUCUUUGAUGAACACCUUGCACGUCGAUUCCACAUUCCGCCAGGAUCUUUACCGAUACCCGACCAAAUCUGUCUCCGACGCCAUCGCUCGCUCGCACAACUUUAUCCGCAUGGAAGAAGACACCAGAGCAAAGUUCGCAAAAGAAGCAGCGGCCAGGCAGCGAGCCCCCCGAACGAACGAUACCCGCUCCGAGCCUCGCCAGCAUUCCUCCGGUGGAAAUAUCACUCAGAAGCGAGGCUACGUAAGUUCGGUCGAUGAUGAGGAGUCUCCAAAAUCAGCAGCCAUCACGCGAGAGAAAGGCUGGAAUCACUGGGAUCGAGACCCCGCCUCGAAGCAAUCAAAGUCGACCGAACCAACGAGUUCAAACUCCGAGGAGCCAAGGAAAUGGUGCCUCUACCACAAAAGGGAUUCCCACGAUACAAAAGAAUGCAAAGUCCUCAUCGGGCAAUUCUUCGACGGGAUCACUAACGGGACGAUUCAAAUGCCCACUUCUCCAACGACACCGAAAAACACCAAAAGUUGGAGUAAGAACAAGGAGAAGAAGGCACAGAAGUCUCAACAGAACACGGCCCCGAGCGAGGAAAGAGCAAGCCCUGAGCGCACUCCUGUCAACAACGUUGGCCCCGCCAACGAUUCGGCAGAAGACGAACAUCCGCGUCGGCGAGUGGAAGUCAUACUCUCUCGCCCUUGCGACUCCUCUGACGACGACUCCUCGAUAAUGCAACCAGAUGUACGCGACAAACUGAACAGCACGGUCGAGCAGUCUCUCACUCCCCCGACAGCAGACAAAGACCUGCGCACCUUACUGAAGCGAAAGAGUGCUACGAACGAGCACGUAGGAAGCGCCAAUCUCGGCGCGACCAUCUCCAAAUCCAGCGCCAGGAGUAUAGGUCAAAACGGCGACCUUCGCGACCAGCUCAAUUCAAAGGCCAACGACCUGCGAAUCCAACUCAACCGUUCGAAAGGAUCCGAUCUGCGACGACGUCUCGAAUCAAAAAAGAAAAAGCCCGCAGAAACUCCUCAGUUCGAGAACACAACCGAUGAUUUAAGGAAGCAACUCGAGUCAAUGCGAGCUGCCCACACCCCGCGCAUUAGCGUCAUAAUGGGAGGAUCACCUCCUUGCGGCGACUCAGUUCGAGCUGUCAAAGACUACAAGCGACAAGCCACCGCCUCCAAGAAGUGGCCACCUCCGGUCGAAAAUGAUCACCAGAUCACUUUUUCGGCACUAGAUACCAAGGGUGUCCACAUGCCGCACAACGAUCCUCUCCUCGUCGACCUCGACAUCGGAGAAUGCCUAGUCGCGAAAGUCCUUAUCGAUACCGGCAGCUCAGUCGAUCUCAUCUUCCGCGACACACUCGACAAAAUGGGAGUCGAUUUAAGGGAUAUGAAGCCUUCUUCUCGUACGCUCACUGGCUUCAACGGAGCCUCGGAGCAAAUGAUCGGAACAAUUCGUCUUCCAGUAUACGCAGGUGGUAUAACCCGUACCGUCAAGUUCUCCGUCAUCCGAGCCAAAGCACCAUAUAAUGCCAUCCUCGGAACACCAUGGUUGCAUUCCAUGAAAGCCGUUCCCUCGACGUACCAUCAAUGCAUCAAGUUUCCCGGCAAAGACGGUAAAACACAGACGAUUCGGGGAGAUCAACAAGCCGCGAGAGAACUGCUAAUUGCAACUGUAAAGAUGCAGCAACAGACUUCCCUCGUCAACUCCGUCGGCAAACUACUUCACAAGAUAUACCCCCAGAAGGAAGAAGUUCGCGAAGUCGCAAUUGACGAAUCCGACCCAACGAAAAUCAUCCGAGUGGGCGUCUACCUAUCCGACGACAUAUGUUCAAGGAUCAUCUCUUUCAUCAAAGAUAACGCUUCAACAUUCGCCUGGAAGACCUCCGACAUGAGGGGGAUCGACCCCGCAGUUACCUCCCAUGAACUGCAUGUCGACCCGACGUUCAAACCCAUCCGACAGAAGCGACGGAAACUCGGUCCAGAAAGAUCUAAGGCAGUGAACGACGAAGUCGACAGGCUCCUCGACGCGGGUUUUAUUACCGAAGUUCGAUACCCCGAAUGUUACCCGCUCCCUCACAUCGAUCGUCUCGUCGAAUCAACCGCCGGUAACGAACUCCUAACCUUCAUGGACGCUUUCUCGGGAUACAACCAGAUCCUGAUGCAUCCCGAUGAUCGCGAGAAGACGGCAUUCAUCACCGACAGAGGAACUUAUUGCUACAAAGUGAUGCCCUUCGGGCUAAAAAACGCCGGCGCGACUUAUCAGCGACUCGUUAACCAAAUGUUUGCUGAUCAGCUUGGUAACACCAUGGAAGUGUACAUCGACGAUAUGCUAGUCAAAUCGCUCAAGGCCGACGACCACCUAAAUAACUUGCGCGAGUGCUUCAAAAUCUUGAACGACUAUGGGAUGAAGCUCAACCCGGCCAAAUGUACCUUCGGUGUCACCUCCGGGGAAUUCCUCGGCUACAUCGUCACUCAGCAAGGAAUAGAAGCCAACCCCAAGCAGAUCUCGGCGAUUCUCGACCUUCAAAGCCCGAAAAACAGCCGCGAAGUGCAGCGACUAACAGGACGCAGAGCAGCUCUCAACAGGUUCAUCUCACGAUCGACCGACAAGUGUCUUCCCUUCUACGAGCUGCUAAGAGGGAACAAGAGGUUCGUCUGGGAUGAAAAAUGCGAAGAGGCGUUCAAUCAACUCAAGCAUUAUCUUACGACCCCACCAGUGCUAUCGAAGCCAGAAGCCGGCGACACACUAUCUCUCUACAUCGCCGUCACAUCCUCCGCCGUCAGCAGCGUAUUGAUUCGAGAAGAUAGGGGAGAACAGAAACCAAUCUUUUACACAAGUAAAAGAAUGACAGAGCCUGAAACGAGAUAUCCAACACUCGAAAAGAUGGCCCUAGCCGUCGUCGCCUCGGCGAGAAAAUUGCGCCCCUACUUCCAAUCGCACACGAUUGAAGUACUAUCCAACCAACCACUCAGAACGGUGAUGCAAAAUACUAAUCAAUCGGGACGGCUGACCAAAUGGGCGAUGGAACUGAGCGAACAUGACAUAGUAUACAAGAAUCGCACAGCAGCAAAGUCACAAGUCCUUGCCGAUUUCUUGAUCGAGUUGACGCCAGAGCUGGAGCAAGACCUCAUCUUACCAAGUGUAAACUGGAUCCGCCACGUCGACGGUUCAUCAACGAGUAAAGGGUCAGGAGCAGGAGUGCAAUUGCAAUCGCCAACAGGGGAACUCAUUCGGCAAUCAUUCAGUUUUGGUUUCGCGGCAUCAAACAACGAAGCUGAGUACGAAUCCCUCAUCGCGGGGCUCCGUCUCGCAAAGGCGGUGAAAGCCAAAAGAAUCAGCGCCUACUGCGACUCUCAACUCGUCGUAAGCCAAUACCUCGGCGAUUACGACGUCCGCAACGAAAGGAUGGACGCCUACCUCAAACUAGUCCAGGAUCUUACGCGAGACUUUGAGUUCUUCGAACUCACGAAGGUUCCUCGCGGAGAAAAUGUUUGUGCCGACGCCCUCGCCGCUCUGGGAAGCAAGCUACACGACCAAGUCAAGAGGAUAAUCCCGAUCCACAAAAUCGAGAAACCAAGCAUCGACACGAAGGCAGAACAGGCCGCGAUUAUAGCAGCAAUCGACGACGCAAUGGACAUUGACGAAGUGGAAUCUCGCUCGCCAGAUGACCACCCAACAGAUUGGCGCAAAGAACUCAUCGAUUACCUCGCGGAAGGUUUACUGCCCAUCGGGAAAUGGGACGCCCGGCGAUUGAAACGACGCAGCGCACACUACGUCGUCAUGGACGGGGAACUACACCGAUGGACUGCAACAAAGGUACUACUCAAAUGUAUCGCCGGUGAAGAAACGAGACUCGUCAUGGCCGAAACACACGAAGGAGCAGCAGGCAACCACUCGGGCGGGCGAGCUCUCGCAUUAAAAGUUAAAAACCUCGGAUUCUACUGGCCAACCAUGAACGCCGACUGCGAGACAUACGCGCGCAAAUGCGAUAAAUGCCAGCGUCACGCCAAAACCAUACACAGCCCAACGGAGUUUCUCCAUACAUUGACUGCUCCAUACCCAUUUAUGCGAUGGGGAAUGGACAUCAUAGGUCCGAUGCCGGCAUCUCGACAAAAGAAGUUCAUACUGGUCCUCACCGAUUACUUCAAUCUCAGGCUCAAAGGUCUCCUUCUCCCUGAGGCUCGGCGUCUUGUCUCCGGGGAAGGUCCCUCUUUCGUUCAGAGGAGACGGCAGUGGUCGUAUGUCGGCGCGUGCACUGAGCUCUUGGUGGUCGUGUGGCUGUCGGAGCUUGGAGGUUGUGGUUCUGAUAUGUCGUCUAUGGCAUGGUAUACUAUACCCUUGGCGGUUACUCUCCACUUGUAUGUCCUUCUCAUGUUCCUGGUCCAAUGUUGUGCUCUUGCCACCUUGCUAGUGGUGUUGAGCUUCGUCAGUAUCGCUCCGUUCGAUUUGGUCUCGUUCUCCAGCGAGUUCAAUCACAGGGCGCAAGGAAGGUCGGCUCAGGUUCUCUUAGUCGAAGCAAGGCGUCGUAUGGUGGAUUCAAUUGGGUCAGUUGGUGAAGCUUGCGUCGUGGAGACUUGCUGCAGAGAGGGUCAUCCCAGUGCCAUAGAGGACUACUUGGUCUUCUUGGUAGACCGUCUCUCCUUUUUUUGCAGUCAUCCGUGGAGGUAUGCUAUAUAUGUAAUGUUUGUGCUUAAGAGACUGCAAUUGCUUCAGUUAGAAAGAGAGUGGGAUGCUUCUGCUCCCUCCCGGAUUAACCUGGUGCGGUAG